GAAAACUGCAAACAAAUAAACACAAUACAUAUGUACUUCAGCAUAAAUCUCUCGCGUUAAACGGUUUUGUGCUGAGGCGACGGUCUGUAGUUAAACAUGCCUAAGGAGAGCUACAGGACUACACCCAGACGCGACGCCUACGUCAUCAUUGUGCGACACAUCGGCGCUGCACAAAGCACACUACUCCCCUGUAUUCCUCCCUUUGGAUCGAAGCGGGUGCAUUUAAGAAUGGCGGCGGCGUGUUUGAGGAGAGUGGUGCUUCAGGCUGGGAGGCAGGGCUCCUGUUGCCUGGGAUUCUCCAGCCCCGCGUGGCAGCAGUCCCCUGUGGGCUCUCUCUGGAGGCUGGCCGCCCAGCCCAGGGGCGUCCUUCCUGGCCCCGCGUGGAGCCGGGCGGCCCGGCCGCUGACCACAGCCAGCAGUGAGGAGGAGGAGGAGGAGGGCAGGACGGCGAAGAAGAAGCAGGACCCCCGCGCGCGGAAAACGGUGGGCAGCGUGGGCAGGAAGAUCCACCACCGCGUGGUGCGGGUGAUCAGCGAGCUCGGGGAGGACCUGGGCCCCCUGCACCGCGCCGACGUCAUUCGCAUUAUGGACCAGCGCGAACUGAAACUGGUGCCCCUGCGGGAGAAUGAGGAGCCUCCUGUUUACAGGCUUAUGACUGGGAAACAGAUCCACGAGGAGCAGCUCAAGCUCCGCGAGAGGCAGAAAGCCCAGCCCGCCCCCACGCAGGUGAAGGAGCUGACUCUGUCCUCAGACAUCGCCCGGCGCGACCUGGACACCAAGGUGAAGCAGAUCCAGAGCUGGGUGGAGAAGAAGCUCCAUGUGAAGGUGACGGUCAGAAAAGGUUCGCCAGCAGCAGAGAUCGCCGAGCUGGAAGGCGUGCUGGAGCAGGUCGCCCAGCAUCUGGCAGGCGUUGCCACCUUCAUCUCCAAACCCAAAGCCAUCAAGGACGGGAAGGCAGCCAUGGGCACCUUAAGGGCUCUGUCCCGGGCCGAGCUCAGCAAGCUCAAGUCGCAGGAGAAACAGCAGCUGCUGCUCAAGGAGCAGGAUCAAGUGCCAGAGACCCUCACAAAAGACCCACAAGACAAGGUUCUGCAAUCGUGAUGUUUACUUUAAAAAAAAAUUAAAGUGAUAUAUAUAUACA